AUGAAUAUAGGAAGGCUCUAUGAUAAUUUGGGUAACAUUCGACAAUGGUGGGAUAAUGCUACGAUCGAAAAAUUUGAAAGUAAAGCGCAGUGCAUCGAAGAUCAGUACUCGGCAUAUGUUCUGGAGCAAGUGGAUAUGAAAAUUAAUGGUCGAAGCACGAAAGGUGAAAAUAUUGCUGAUAACGGAGGCUUGAAGCAAGCAUACAGUGCCUACAAAAAGUACGAGCGCAGUCAUCCGCAGUAUACGCUUUUGCCAGGCGUUAAUUUAACGCAUGAUCAACUAUUCUUCCUUAAUUAUGCACAGGUCUGGUUGUUGCAAAUUUGCUAG